GUUUUUUUUUUUCUCUUUCUUUUAUUUAUUUAUUUAUUUCCCAUUUUUCUAUUAUUAAUAUAUGAUGGUCAAAGAUACUCGAUCGGUAGUAACUAAAACGAAGACGUUUAAUGACAACACAGUCAUGACCUCAGAACAGUUAGUAACAAAGACAGAGACGAGCUACAAACUCAACCGACAACGACGAUUACAUUUCAAAGCAAGAAAUACCAAGUUUGAUAUUACAGAUCCUGAUGCUCAUAAGGAACAAUUUCGUGGGUUUUAUACUUUAUUCUGGGUCGCCAUGACAUUUUAUGGACUUCAAACAUUCAUGAACUGUUAUCAUCAAGAAGGCAUUCUCCUCACCUCGAAUUUCUUUCGAUUAUUCUCUAAAGAUGCUUUGACUUUACUGAUAUCCGAUCUAGUCAUGGUUUCCAUAACUUUGUUUAGUGUUCCAUUUUCGAAACUUUUGGUCAAAGGUGUUCUUCAUUAUGAAACAACUGGUGUGAUUCUGCAACACUUUUGUCAAGCUCUCUUUUUAUUUGGUAGUGUCUACUGGGUUUUUUGGAGGGAUUGGCCUUGGGUACAAUCAGGAUUCUUCACUAUGCACUCUAUUGUCAUGAUGAUGAAAAUGCAUUCUUAUACAGCUCUCAAUGGUGAUUUAUCUAUCAAACUACGACGAUUAACUUAUCUCAAGCAAUAUAUACCAAAGUGGUUAUCAACACAUCAAGAUUUAUCUGAAGAAAACAAGACAAAACUGGAAGAAAUGGAAGAAGAAAUCAACUUUUUAGAAGAAGAACUGAUUCAAGGUCAAGUUCAUUACCCCAACAAUGUGACAUUGAAGAAUUAUAUUGAUUAUUUAUUGGUUCCAAGUCUUGUUUAUUGGAUGGAAUACCCAAGAACAAACCGUAUACGACCUUGGUACAUCUUUGAAAAAACAAUGGCCACCUUUGCAAGUUUUCUUUUAUUAUAUAUUACCACUGAACGAUAUAUUUUACCCAAACUCUAUGAUCCAACAUUAUCUGAACUUCAUGUUAUCUUUGAACUUUUAUUUCCUUUUAUGAUCAAUUAUCUCUUCAUAUUUUAUAUCAUUUUUGAAUGUAUUUUGAAUGCAUUUGCAGAAAUUAGCAGGUUUGCCGAUCGAAACUUUUAUGAUGACUGGUGGAAUAGUGUAUCCUAUGAUGAAUUCGCACGAAAAUGGAAUAAGCCUGUUCAUCAUUGGUUACUACGACAUAUUUACGCCCGAUCCAUUGAAUCUUACAAAAUUACAAAGACAAAUGCGACUUUUCUUACCUUUUUGUUCUCGUCUUGCCUUCAUGAAAUGGUAUUGGUGAUUUGUACAAGGAAGAUCCGGAUGUAUUUAUUUGUGCUUCAAAUGUUCCAAUUACCGUUGAUCAUGCUAGGUCGUAAACCAUUUAUUCGUGAAAGAUAUUGGCUUGGUAAUACUGUCUUCUGGCUAUCUAUGAUGGUUGGUCCUCCUCUUUUGGGAAUUUUAUAUUGUCGUGAAGUAUUUUGGAGUCAAUGGGUGACCGAUCAUUUGUCUUCUUCUUUUUAAACUAAUAAAAAAUCAUGCAUUUUUUUUUGUCUAUUGCCUAAA